GGCGCCGGGAGGGUCAUCGACAUGAGCCGCGUUCUGCUGCUGGGGGCUGUUCACAGACGCCGAGUUUCCUCUCUCGUGUGAGCCGUGGUGGUGCCGCGAUUAUGAAGCUCACGGUGACGACGCUUUCGGGCGAGCUGUACAUGAUCGACGUGGGCGCCGAGAUGGAGCUGGAGGGGCUGAAGGCGCUCUGCGAAUUCGAGUCCGGUGUUCCCGCCAGGGAGAUGGUGCUCAUGCACGAAGGCCGCCCGCUGCUCGACGAAAAGCGCUCGCUCAAGUCGCACUCCAUCAAGGAGGGAGACGUGCUGCUCAUUCAGCACCUCGUGCCUCCGACCAACGCGUCCACCAGCUCCGGUGCCGGGCCGCCCCUGACGACGCUAGAUUUCAGUCGUAUCCCUGUCCCGGCCGGCGGCCAAAGCUCAGGUAGUUCAUUGGAUGCAUGGCAGCAUGACUGUGCUGUUUGUUUCCCACCUCGCUUGCCUAACAACGUGCGCUCGUCCCUACCCCUGUUUUGCGGAAAAAGGGAACCGUCGCUAAACGACAGUCAAGUCGUCGAGCAUUGGCUGGACAACAACUUCUCAUCACGCCAAUCAUCCGUGUUCCCCCGAACUUCUAUUUGAUAACACAUUAUGCAG